CUCGGGUCACUCCUCUCGAACCCACUCGUACACCCCGCCGUAGGGUUUUCCCUUGUGAGCUUCUCAUCUCGAGAAGGAAGGCAGCAGAAGGGGCGGCGAUGAGCAACGACAAGCAGCAAGAGAGCCUCAAUCUCGCUGGUCUCGCUUCCGCUUUGAGCGAGGAGGAUAGAGCCGGUCUCGUCAAUGCUCUAAAGGACAAACUCCAGAGCCUCGCGGGGAAGCAUGCGGAUGUUUUGGAGACGCUCAGCCCGGUGGUCAGGAAGCGUGUUGAGGUUUUGAGGGACAUCCAGAGCCAACACGAUGAGCUUGAGGCAAAGUUUUCUGAGGAGAGGGCCGUACUUGAAGCUAAAUAUCAGAAGCUUUAUGAGCCAUUAUAUACGAAGAGGUAUGACAUUGUGAAUGGUGUUGUUGAAGUUGAAGGCCUUAAAUAUGAAUCUUCAAAUGAAAUCCCUGCCGAGGAUAGGACUACUGAAGAAAAAGGUGUGCCAGGCUUUUGGCUCACUGCGAUGAAAACAAAUGAAGUGCUAACCGAGGAGAUUCAAGAGCGUGAUGAGGAAGCUCUCAAGUAUCUGAAGGAUAUAAAGUGGUGCAGAAUUGAUGAUCCUAAGGGUUUUAAACUUGAAUUUUUUUUCGAUACUAACCCUUACUUCAAGAAUGCUGUUCUUACAAAAACGUACCACAUGAUUGAUGAAGAUGAACCAAUCUUAGAAAAAGCAAUUGGAACGGAAAUUGAAUGGCUUCCAGGGAAGUGUUUGACCCAGAAGAUUCUUAAGAAGAAGCCAAAGAAGGGUUCAAAGAAUGCCAAGCCCAUAACAAAAACUGAAGAUUGUGAGAGUUUUUUCAACUUCUUUAAUCCACCACAGGUUCCAGAUGAUGAUGCAGAUAUUGAUGAAGAUACUGCUGAGCAGUUGCAGAGUCAAAUGGAAGCUGAUUAUGAUAUUGGGUCCACGAUCAGAGAUAAGAUAAUUCCCCAUGCAGUUUCAUGGUUCACGGGGGAGGCUGUUGAAGAUGAUGAUGAACUAGAAAUAGAGGGUGAGGAGGAUGGUGAAGGUGAGGACGAAGAUGAUGAAGAUGAUGAAGAGGAAGAUGAUGAAGAGGAUGAGGAUGAGGAUGAGGAUGAAGAAGAGAGAGGCAAGUCCAAGAAAAAGUCAUCUAUAGGGCAGAAGAAGAGUCGAGGGGAUCAAGGUGAUCGUCCUGCAGAGUGCAAACAACAAUAGGUGUUCUAUAAUGUCUUCCAUAAUGGAUGGAGUAUUUUCUAGGGUGUGUAGUUGUGGAGGAUCUGCAUACAGUUCUUUGGAUGAUCAAGUUUUUUUUUUUCAUCAUGCUAUUAUUUUAUCCGAGAGACAAAGUAAUACCUAGACUGCAGUCAUUGAGGUUUUGCAUGUAGUUGGAACAAUCUACUUUUAUACAUUCUGUUGUCAUUUUAUCUGGAGAACCCUUGGGGAUCAGGGUGGGGAACCAAGUUUUGUGUUCUUAUAUUGUAGCAACAUUACUAGUUUCCUUCUGUGUCUGUCGAUGGACUUGAGAUUGUGUAUGCCAUUAGUGAUUUUA